GGCUUUCUAUUGCGCUACCACCAGAGUGACCUCGAGGUCAGCCAAUCGAGAUGCGGCACCUCAAGUAAGACCCGCCCCCUGAUGGUCCUCAGGUUCCUUCCCGCUCACACCGGAGUCACUUCCGAAGAGAGAACCGCCAUGAAGAGAGUAGGGGGUGCCGCCCACCUCUGCACCGACAGCUUCCCCGAGUCCCAGCAGCAAGACGGCAACCACGCACCCAGCUUCUCCAGCCACAGCUCAUGCCGCCGUCGCCAGCGGCGCCGACAUGACAAGGCGCUGCAUGCCCGCUAGGCCAGGUUUCCCCUCAUCCCCAGCCCCGGGGUCGUCGCCCCCGCGCUGCCAUCUGAGACCCGGUAGUACCGCCCCUGCUGCAGCGGCAAAAAGAACAGAGAGUCCUGGGGACAGGAAGCAAUCAAUCAUAGAUUUCUUCAAGCCAGCUUCAAAACAAGACAAACAUAUGUUGGAUUCUCCUCAAAAAUCAAAUAUCAAAUACAGAGGAAAUGGAUUAUCCAUCACUGGGACAGAGCAAUUUGAAAGGAAAAUAUCUUCACCAAAAAAAACUAAACCCAAAAGAAUGUCAUCCGAAGAAAGUCCUAUUUUAGAAGCUUUCAUGAAAGGUGGGAAAGAGCACCACAAAGAUCGUGGUGUCCAUGAGUCACGUCGGCCUUGUAUGUCUCUAAGCACCAAAUAUUUACCCAAAGGAGCAGGCAUCUAUGCGCCUUCCUCUUACCGAUUGCCCAAAGAGAUCAAGGCACGGAAGAAAAAACACCGGUCUCCUGAGAAAAGAAAGUCACUGUUCAUUCAUGAAAGUAACAGGGAGAAGAAUGACAGAGAUCGAGGCAAGAACAGUGAAGACUCCAGAAAACAUUCCCCGGCCACAGAAGGUGACAUCUUCAAGAACAGCUCCAGAAGUGUUAGUAGCAGAAGCAGCCUAUCCAGGCACCAUCCAGGAGAAAGCCCACUGGGGGCUAGGUUCCAGUUGUCAUUGGCUUCUUACUGCCGAGAGCGAGAACAGAAGAAGUUGAGAAAGGAACAAAUGGAGCAGAGAAUCAACUCAGAAAAUUCUUUCUCAGAAACAAGCAACCUUUCCUUAAAGUCCUCUGGUGUAGGGAAAAAAUGUAAGCCAAGGCAUGAGCACAGCAAACACAACGAGGCUGUACCUGGGAAGAGUAAUCUCUCAAAUCUGGAAAAUGGACAUCUCUCAAGAAAAAGAUCAUCUUCGGACUCGUGGGAACUUUCAGGCUCUAAACAGAAUAAAUUCUCCGACAAAAGAAAAAGGAACUCUGUGGACUCAGACCUGAAAAGCACAAAAGAAUCUAUCAUACCAAAAGCAAAAGAGCCCUUCCUAGAGAAGCGCCCAGACACAUGCCAUCAGAGAGAAAAGUUUAUAAGACACAUUGCACUGAAGACUCCUGGUGGUGUUCUGCGCUUGGAAGAUAUAGCCAAGGAACCUGAUGAUGAAACAGAUCGCUCUUCUGCAGACUUGGCACCUUCAAAUUCUGGCCACCAUUCUUCCAGGAAUAGUGACCAAGUCCACGCAGCAAGUACCAAAGAGACUAAAAUACAGAAACCCCACUUACCUUUACCUCAGGAAAAAUCUACAAUUAAAAGAGCUAGCAGUCUUCAGAAAAGUAAACCGGCUGGCUCUGUGACAUCAAAAGAGACAAAGCUACCUUUACUUUCUCAUGUUCCAAGUGCUGUUUCCUCUCGAGUACCGCUAAAUGCUAAAAAUUGCACUCUUCCAGUUUCUAAAAAAGAUAAAGAGUGUUCCUCCUCAAAAGAACGUUCUGGGCAUUCUACAGAAUCCUCCAAACACAAGGAACACAAAACAAAGACUAUUAAGGCUGUUUCUAAUGAAUCUUCAGGGAAAAAUUCUGGGGGAUCUUUGCAUUCAGAGUACACCCCUCCAGCAGCAUCUCCCCCAGCUGCCUUGGAAGUUGUGCCGUGUGUCCCAAGCCCUGCAGCACCUUCAGAUAAAGAGAGUUCAGGCAAUUCCAAUGCAGGUAGCAGUGCACUGAAAAGGAAAUUCAGGGGUGAUUUUGAUAGUGAUGAAGAAAGUUUAGGUUACAACUUAGAGAGUGAUGAGGAAGAGGAAACACUAAAAUCACUGGAAGAAAUAAUGGCUCUGAACUUCAGUCAGACUCCUACAACUUCAGGAAAGCCUCCUGCAUUUUCCAAGGGGCUUAGAUCCCAGUCGUCAGACUACAUGGAAUAUCCUCAGAGUGGAACUUACACAAAUACCUUAGAGCGACUGGUAAAGGAGAUGGAAGACACACAGAGGCUAGAUGAACUACAAAAGCAGCUACAGGAAGACAUAAGGCAGGGCCGUGGCAUUAAAUCUCCUAUCAGAAUUGGUGACCAGGAAAGUACAGAUGAUGAAGAUGGCCUCUUGGAAGAGCACAGGGAAUUUCUAAAGAAAUUUUCAGUUACAGUUGAUGCUAUUCCUGAUCAUCAUCCAGGUGAAGAAAUAUUUAAUUUCCUCAAUUCUGGAAAAAUUUUCAAUCAGUGUACCUUAGAUUUAAGAGACUCUGGUUUUAUCGGAGAAAGUGCUGUGGAAAAGCUUAUUCUCAAAUCAGGAAAAAAAGAUCAGAUUUUUUUGACAACACAAGGCUUCCUUACCACUGCAUACCACUACGUCCAGUGUCCUGUACCUGUGUUAAAGUGGCUGUUUCGGAUGAUGUCGGUUCACACAGAUUGUAUUGUGUCAGUGCAGAUUUUAAGUACACUGAUGGAAAUAACCAUUAGAAAUGAUACUUUCAGUGACUCUCCAGUUUGGCCCUGGAUCCCAUCAUUGUCUGAUAUAGCAGCUGUAUUCUUCAACAUGGGCGUUGGUUUUGAAUCUUUGUUUCCUCUGGAGACUCUUCAACCAGACUUUAAUGAAGACAAUCUAAUUUCUGAAACACAGAAAACACUGGGAGGAAAAGGAAGUGAAGAUUCAUCUUAUAAUCCAGUAUUUUCAGCUCUUCCUGAAACCAACAUUUUAAAUGUGGUUAAGUUCCUGGGCCUGUGUACAUCUAUACAUCCGGAAGGUUAUCAGGAUGGAGAGAUAAUGCUGCUGAUUUUAAUGCUGUUUAAAAUGAGUUUGGAAAAAGAGCUUAAACAGAUUCCAUUAGUAGACUUUCAGAGCCUUCUGAUAAAUCUCAUGAAAAACAUCAGAGAUUGGAACACAAAGGUUCAUGAACUUUGUCUAGGCAUAAAUGAACUCUCCAGUCAUCCCCAUAACCUUCUGUGGUUGGUACAGCUAGUCCCUAACUGGACAUCUCGUGGAAGGCAGCUGAGGCAGUGCCUCAGUCUGGUGAUAAUUUCAAAGCUUUUGGAUGAAAAACAUGAAGAUAUUCCUAAUGCCAAUAAUCUCCAGAUCUCAGUCCUACAUCGCUAUCUAGUGCAGAUGAAGCCUUCUGAUUUGUUGAAGAAAAUGGUCUUGAAGAAAAGGGCCGAACAGCCAAAUGAAACUAUUAAUGACAGUCUUCAUUUAGAACUUGAAAAGCAGGCAUAUUACCUGACCUACAUUCUUCUUCAUUUAGUUGGGGAAGUUAGUUGUUCUCAUUCUUUUUCUUCUGGACAACGGAAACACUUUGUGCUGCUUUGUGGGGCUUUGGAAAAGCAUGUUAAGUGUGAUAUUAGGGAAGAUGCAAGACUUUUCUACAGAACUAAAGUGAAAGACUUGGUUGCCAGAAUACAUGGAAAAUGGCAGGAAAUAAUCCAGAACUGUCGGCCUACUCAGGGGCAGCUUCAUGACUUCUGGGUGCCAGAUUCAUAACAGAAGCUAUAGCAGCAAAAAUACAAAAUGCGAAGGGCCUUUCCAAGAGGACUACUGUGGGAUCCAGCAGAUGCUGAGGAACACGGCUGUGUGCCACCUGCAUGGGUAGUGUGAGGCUGGUGAUGAGGGCUUGCCAGUUUCUGAAGCAGAUAUGAAAUGCCAUCUGCAGCUGACUGUAGAGGAAAGACCAGGGGUCGAAAAAAGGAGGGGAGGCUAGAAGCAGCUGGUAGCUACAGAUCCAGCCUGCCCCUCCUAGCCCCUCUUGAUAAGUUUUCAGCAGUUAUCUUGUAAGGUGGCUUCAUAACGCUUGGAUCAUCACAGAAAAUAAGGAAGAAACGUGUGGACCAGCUUGAGUUGGACAUUGAAAUGAAGGCCUAAGUCCAGCUGAUUUUCAUUUCCCUUCUGGUUAUUUUAGGGUGCAAAGGGAAAGCUUAGAAUAGAGCCCUGUAAUUAAAAGUGUUGGUCUCUUCUAUAACCCCAUAAACCAUAAGCAGUUUCAGCUCAUAUAUAUCCUUUAGUAUUCAAGAUUAUAAAUCUGAGAUUUUUAAAUAUAUUUAAAAUCAAGGAACAGACAUCUGGUAUGUUGUCAGACUGCCCUUAGAGGAAGAGAUUAAGCUACAAAGUAGUAACUGUUUUUAAAGUGCCAGAACAUUCAUAGGCAGUUUGUUUAGAGUUUCUUGUAAUUCAUAUAUUUUUAAAUACUGGUUUAAUCAUAAAAUCUCAGCUAAGCUAGAAUUCUGGCCAUUGGUAACUAUAUUACAGAAGUCUCUGUAAAAAAAGGCUUAAAAAAAAUCUGGAAAUUUCCAAAAUCCUUGUUUCCACAAGUAUAUAAUUUAGCAGAGGCCUUGAUGGUGUUUAUUUUGGAGAGAGAGAGAGAGAGAGAGAGAGAGAGAGAGAGAGAGAGAGAGAGAGAGAGAGAGAGAGAGAGAGAGAGAGAGAGAGAGAGAGUGUGUGUGUGUGUGUGUGUGUGUGUGUGUGUGCUCGCGCGCACAUGCACACUGGAGUUUGUAUCUUGAAAUUGUUGCACUUGAAAACCACAGCUGCUCUAAAUUCUUUUAAACACUGGAAAGCCAUCCUUUAGUUUAGAUGGUAGAGGUUAGCACAUGCUAGAUUGAGCCUUAGGCCCUUUAAAACUUUGGUAGUGACACUCCUGCUGACCAGUGUCAGUUUGGGGAGGGUUUACUUCCUAAAAAGGAUGCCAACUGCUUAUUCUUUGACUAUUGGCUGGAGCGGCUUGCUCCCUCCUGAGCAUGCUAAUGUCUGUAUGGGCCCAGGUAGGGUGGUGGAAAAGGGAACUGGGUUCAGUGUUGUGGUUUGAGAGGAGAAAAUAAGUUCUGAGAGCUAACUUUCUACCUCUAAACUGAGGCUUAGGAAUAAAAACCAUUUUCUCUUAAAUUCAUCAUUUAAAAUAGUAUUAGCAACUUUAGAGCUCAUGUCAAGCAUUGGGCAGUUAGAGAUUUUUAUAGGGAAGACUACACAAAUCACAUUUUCAUGAAUUGAGGCUGAUCAAGGCUCCAGGAGUCAGACCAACAAAGGUUUUAUUCUGUGUUGAGUUUACUGGUAAGAAUAUUGUCUUGAUGCUACCUCUCAAGGGUAUUGUUACAAAUGCCACUAUGGUUAAAGAGAUAGAUACGAGUUAUAUUUGACUGAAGCUUGAAACUCUGGCAUCUAUCUGCCCAACAGUGGGGCUUUCACUCUGUAAUUUAAUACCUUGUAGAUACAUUAUUUGUGUGUAAUUUUAUAAGUGUUCAUAUUUUUCUCAUUUUGCAUUGUGUAAAGUGUACAAAAUCUCAAAGUAUAAAAAUCUGCUUAUAUUGCUUGUAAUUACAGUGUGUAAAUAUUUUCUAUUGUGUACAUUGACGGGGACAAGUGGGUUAUUCAGGUUUUUAAGUGAUCCUUUUAUAUUGCAGUUUCAACCAAUAACCACCCAUCAAAUUUAAAACCACUUUGAUACAUUCUUAUUUAGCAGUUCCAAUAAGAAUAAAAUCUAUUUUCAAUUGUCUUUCUCCAUUAGAGAAAAAUACUUUAUCUGUCCCUUUAAAAUAAAUGGCCAGACAUCAGUUUAGGCCUCUGUAUUUAUGACUCUGGUAGCCUCGUCAGCCUCCGGGUCAUAGUCCAGUCAGUAUUUACAUUUGCUUCUUGUGGAAAUGUUGUGGUUCUAUUUUAGCACAAGUAGCUCAUGGUUUUCCUCCCAAAUCAAGUAUUUUCCAUCUCCUUCUGAGUCCCCAUGCGUUUUCUCCCUCUGCCUGUUGUUGCCCAGGAAAUGGUAUGGGAGAGAGGGAGGAAAUGCUCAUUGCACAGAGACUGUCAGGCCAUAUUUGGGACUUGGCAAACGGAGCUUGCACUGAGUGGUGGUGUGUUUGGCAAUAUUACUGUGCCAAAAAUAAUCCUUGUCUAAUUUUCUGGAUGUGUAUGUCAAACUUUUUACCCUUACUGCAAGCUGAAAAUUAAAGUACUUGUGUUUAUGCUUUUGUGUGUAACUGUUUGCCUUUUCUGACCUGUUUUUCUUGUUACCUGAAAAUACAGUUCUGUGAUCCAUGUUAAGUGAAGAGGCUUUCCGUGCACAAAAUCACCUGUGUAGCACUGAAGUCAGUGGUGUGCAUUGUUUUGUCUGUGUCCUGAUGGCAUCGGUGCCUUUGUCACCUUUCAGAAGGUUGGCUUUUUUUUUUUUAAUGCAAGUAGUAGCUUGCUUUUGACUUCACAAAAAAUAUAUAUAUAUAUAUCUCCCCAGUAAUGAUAGAAAAGAUAGUUACCACCCAGGCUCUGUUGAAGCAUUUGGGAAUUUUUGUUUGUUUGUUGUUUUGGGUUUUUUUUUUCUUCCCCUGUCCCACCCAAUCAAACAGUUGGUGGGGGCAGUAAUAAUGUGUGGAGUCUAGAAGCCAGGAGUAUUUUUAAGUUUAAAAACUGACUCAUUGACAAGCAGCUGAGUUGGAGACCUUACUUGGCUUGUCUCUCAGGAGGCAAGGGUCGGGUACAGGUGGUGGCUGUGUGAGUCACUCAGCACAAUUUGAUCUCGUGGGUAUGCCUACUCUAUGGUGCAGGCGCACCUCAUCUGUGCCUCAGUUUCCCCGGGGCAUUCUUGUCAGCCAGUUAAUAUACUAGCUCUUAGGCAGUAAAUGCAAUGUGGUUCUUUUUUUCCUUUAAAUUUUUAUACUGUCUUGUUUAAAGUCUUCUGAAUGUAUGUGUAUGUGUUAUUAAAACUUUUUUCUCAGCUUA